AUGAUUGAUCAGCAACCUAAAAUUUCGUACUUUCCCAUGGAAAUGAAAUGCAACCUCGGCAACCAGCAAGAGGAGCUUGAAGGUGGCGGUGGCGUUGGUGGUGGCGGCAACAGCAACAACGGCAACGCAAACAUCACAACGACCGUCAACAACACGGCAACCGGUACCGGGCCAAUCGGUACAACCGGUGCGUGCGGGACCGGCCGAGGGAGCGCGUGCGGUGCGAAAACACCAAUUACGACGGCGACGCCGACGACACUACAGGGACACCCGAUAGCCACCGCACCCAACGUCACCACCACCACCCCCGCCGGUGGCUCCACCGAGCAACGCUUGCUGCUGGCAGGGGUCAUGAGUGACGCCGACCUCGGGGGCGGCCCGGGAACCGGCGGUCACACACACCUGGCGGGGCUGCUGGGGACGAGCCUGUGCGGGCAGUGCUGCAGUCCGAUCUGCGAUCGGUACAUCAUGAAGGUGGUGGACAGCACUUACCACGAGCGGUGCCUCCAGUGCACCUCCUGCUCGAUCCGGCUCAUGCACUCGUGCUUCAUGCGUGACGGAAAGCUGUACUGUCGCUUCGACUACGAGCGGCUGUACGGGCGGAACAGAUGCCUCGGAUGUGGUGACAAGAUCGGUGCCGACGAGCUGGUAAUGCGCGCCCUGGAUAACGUCUUCCAUCUGAAGUGCUUCAUCUGCGUCGUCUGCGGCGUGCGGCUGCAGAAGGGCGACCAGUACGUCAUCAAGCAGAGCCAGCUGUUCUGCCGGCCCGACUACGAGAAGGAGGUGGAGAUGUUCCAGGGCUACAGCUACGACGACUACUGCUGUGACGACAUGUUCCAGACGCGCAUCGACGGUCGGCGAGGUCCGAAACGGCCGCGCACCAUCCUGACCACGCAGCAGCGCCGUGCCUUCAAGGCAUCGUUCGACAUCUCGCCGAAACCGUGCCGGAAGAUCCGCGAGGGCUUGGCAAAGGACACCGGACUCAGCAUACGCAUCGUGCAGGUGUGGUUUCAAAACCAGCGAGCCAAAAUGAAGAAAAUACAGAAAAAGCAGCUGAAGGAAGGCAACAAAGGUGCACACCACGGUGGCGGAGGAGGCACCGGAAGUAAAAACCACAGCGGAGGCGUAGGAAAGGGCGGUAACGACUCCCAGGAGGAGUUGUCGGACAACGAGAGCGGUGGUGCCAAGUUGUCACUCCGCAUCAAAGACGAAAACUCUCGAUCAAACACCUAUCUACAUGAUAGCUGCAGCGAUAACGAGGGAACCGUCACCGACAACGAUGGUGGCACGUACGGGGGUGGAACGGGCCGGCUCAGUCUCGGUGGUCCAGACCCCUACAAAAUCGUGAAGGAAGAGCUGGACCUCGAGGACGACUACUUUCGGCUAGCGAUGGGCUCGACGCACGGUCAUAACAACAACAACAACAACAACAACAAUAACCACCACCACCAUCAUCACCAUCAUCACCACCACCAACACCAGCAUAACGCUCACCCACAUCAACACGGCCCGCAUGGAGGCGCCCGAUUCGGUGGUAAAUCCUUCGACAACGAGCUUCAUUCAAACGCCGGAACUGGACCCGGAAUCAAGACGGAAAACAUGAACAUCGAUCCGACGACAACGAUGCACAGCAACGAGCCAUUGGAGUACGGCGUAUCGCUUCAGCACUUGACCGCAUCCAUGAACGGAGGACCACCCAGCACUAGUAACCACCAUAACAAUACGAUUGGGCAUCCCGCCUCCUCGCCCCAGGAUGCCAUCUCCGGAUCAGGAAUGCUCAAUCCGAUCGAUCGACUCUACUCGAUGCAAAACUCGUACUUCUGCAAUCAGGAAACAUCCGGCCCGAAUGCUCCCGGCCACCCCGGCACUCCACCCAACGGUAGCCAGCGACCAUCGGUCCCUUCCGCCUCUCUGCAGCAACAGAAUCCGAUGCACUUGCAGCAUCACGGUGUCGUUGCAGGACUCCAGCAUCAGACGAUGUCACAGCCGGGCCCGCAUCAACAACACGGCUACCUGCCGAACAGUCCCGGCCUCGGUGGUCAAUCGAACUCGCACAUAAAUGGACUGUGCAACACGUUGCUCGAACAGCAGCAGCAGCAGCAACAGCAGCAGGAAAGUGUCAUGUAA